AUGGAAGUUAAAGAGAUAAAAGAUUUAUCUGAUGGUUUUGAAUUUAUUGUAUCAAAUGAUGGUGCACUCAAACAAAAACAUGGAUUUCAAUCAACAUCGAGCUCUUUAAUUAGAGACUUCAUGAUUUUUUUCAAUAUUCGCUUAUACUUCAUUAUCAUUGAAGAAGGAACAUUUCAGAAAACAACUGAAUAUAUUACGUUAACUCCCAGCGAUCAGACGAAACAAGCUUUCAUUGUUCUCAAUGGCGAUAAAACAGUAUGGGGUGUAUUAUAUACAUAUAAUUUAGAAGAUAGAAUACAACCCGUUUUCGAUAUCGAUGAUAUGCGUAUUCAGUAUUAUGUUGAUAAAUAUACUGAGCAACUAAAUUUAACAGAAGAAAAAUCAAAUUUAAGCAUCGAUAGUAAUACUGUGGCCGAUGAAUCGGGAGAUGCAAUUUCCACAUUACCAAACAGUUCUGAUCAAAUAAGCUUACCUACAACUGAAGAUAAUAUCAGAGUCUAUACCCCAAAUGAUCACAUUGCUCAAGAUAUUGUUCACCAAAAUAACAAAUUGGUAGUUCAUAAUAUACUCACACCACUAAUUCAAGAAUCUGGUAGAGUAAUGCAACUUAACCUAGGUUCAUUUAUUUUUUAUAUUUUUCUUUCAGAAAUAAAUACUAAUAAUGGUGAUCGUAUACGUAAAAAUGCAGUUACAACUUGCGAACAAGACCGCUCUGUUUUGGAAAAAAUUAUAGAUGUACAACUUUCCUAUACUAAUUUAGCUCAACGCGGUGGAUCACAUCAUGCUAGAAAAGCUGACCAAAUGGAUAUUUCUAAUGCAUCGGACGGAUUAAUUACUAUGUCGCAUACUACUGAAGUCACUUCUGCACCUUCAUCAACAUUCAUUAAAUACAAAAAACCAGUACUUUUAAAACCGAUAAGACCCUACUGGAAAAUUCGCCAUCCAAAAGAUCUAGCAAAAAAGUCAAGAAAAACAACGACAGGCGAUAAACAAACGAAAACACGGUAUAUUGAACUUCUCCAUAGUAUUGGUGAUGGAAAUGCUCCACUUAAAGUUAAAGUUCCUCCUAGAGAGGAACGAAAAAUGUUUCUAGCAAGUGCAGUUCGUACUAUUCUUAAUCAACCUCACUCUUCAAAAAUCAUUGUACCAAAAGGGACAAAAGUAGAUAUAAAUCUCUUCAAUCGCAACAACAAUCUCAACUAUUUGGAAUUUCAUGAAUGUGAUCCAAUGCAUACCUUUGAUUUAGGUACAAAAAUAGUUUAUAUGGAAAUUACUCCAGAAGAACAUGAACAAAAACUUAAAAAAAUACCAAUAUAUAUGGUUAAUCUAUAUCAAAACCAACAAUUAACUAAAGAUAUGAUUAAACGUGAAAAACUUAAUGAAUGUCAAUUAGUUUUCUGGUUAUGCGUAAAAUCUCAUGGAAAGAUUAUACCUGUUUCGGCUGAGUCAUGGAUUGGCCCUGUUCAACCUUAUUUAUGGGGAAAUUUAUGUGAUUGUAUGAAACAUAUGGCAGAAUAUGGUUGCAAUAUGGAGCAUUCGCUAAGUUGGGUACAGGAUACUCUAGAUGGCAUAUCCUUAUCUCUAACACCUGCACAGUUAAAUUAUAUAUUCAAUGGUUAUGCAAACUUAUACAAAAUUGUCAUCGAUGUCAUUAGCAUUACAGAUAAUGUUCCAGUUAAUUUAGAAAUAGAUAUUGAUCAAUAUGAUGGAACUUCAAGUGAAUCGGAACAAGAAAAACGUUGUCGUAAUAUUACUUUUGUUAUGUACAAUCCUGAAACAUUCUCAUUUGCAAUACUCUACGCUAUCGAUAGUGAUGGCAAUCGACAAACUUGUUUUGCUAUAGAUGACCAACGUAUCUUUGAUCAUCUUGGUGGUUUAUUUGAAAAAUUGAAUCAAGAAAUUAUGGAAAGAGAGCUUAGUAUCGAUAACGAUGAUGCUACAAUAAUAAAUACUGAAGAAUCUCAUUCAACAGAUAAUGUAAAUGCACAUCUUUCAUCAUCAUCAUCAUCGAGUAAAAAUGAUAGUUCAUCUGAUACCCAUUCAAAAGGCUGUACAUAUGAAUUAUCUGUUGAAAGUCACGAUGAUUUAACUACAUCGAAAAGACAGGAAGAUCACACUAUAUGUAUUUCUCAAAGUAAUUCUCAAUCUAAUUUCUAUUCGACUCAUGAAGAACCCAGGACAACUUCAAUAGAUAAUAUUCAAAAUGUAUUAUCUGAUAUGGAUACAAUCAAUAGAGAUAUACAUCAAGAACUCAAUUCUACGGAAGAAUCGCUUCCUCAAACUACACAAAUUGAUUGUCAUCAAGAAAUUGCUGACAACACAUCCACGGAAACAAAUGAUUGUCGAAUGAAUACAAGCCUCGAUUCAAAAGCACGAAAAUCAAUUUCGAAAAAUAUUGUACACCGUAUUAUCCGAAAAGCAAAAACUAAACGCAUUCGUUCAUCUAACAAUAAUUCUCUUUCAGUUCCAGUUACUUUAUCUGAAACUACUAAGAAAACAGCAUCAGCCGUAGUAUCAAAUGUUCACUCAUCAAUGGUAUUAAUAAUAAAAUAUGAUCCACUAAAAAUACUAAAACAACCCAGACGUUAUCGUCGUGUUCGUAUGCAAAACGAUUUAAACAAGAAAAGGUGCCCAUUAGUACAAGCAGGUAACGAAGAUGAACAGAGAAUUUAUCCUGAAAUAGAACUGCCAAAUAAUGCUGAUGAUAAUGUAAAACUUUAUGUUCGUGUCAGAGUGGUUACCGAAAGUGGACAUUCACACCCAUCUCAAUGUGUUGCACCUGAAACAGUGAAUAUUAAUAUUUCAGUAAUGGAUAAUAACAAUGAAUGCGUUUUCUUAAUAAUUACUGAUGAAGAACGUCAUAACCGUCGAAAAAUAAUAAAAGUUCAUCUUUUCAAACGGCUACAUUAUUUCGUGUCAACUGAAAAAAAUACUGAAAUAGAAAAUCUUCGAUUAUGUAAACUAGAAUAUACUUUAUGUGAACAAUCUACUUCUGGUGAAUAUCAACUUGUGUCACAACCUUCUUAUACAUCAAUUAUUGAACUGAUGGAUAAAGAUGUAACUGUUGAUGCUACUGAAGUCAAACCGAAACAACUAUGUCAAUUGGGCGGUGAAGAAAUCAGUGUACCAUUAAGUACCAAAUGUAAAAAAAGCGAUUUUCAUAUCGAAUGUAAUGACCAAGAACUAAAGAAUACACAAUAUAAAAUGGAAGGAAAAAAAUUAAUAAUAUUUUCACCUGAAUCGAAAUCAACUAAUCACCUCCAUUUAACCAUUUCAAGGAAAGAAUAUAAUGAAGAUAUUUCUGAAUAUCAGAUGAAAUUAUUACAUAAUGGUUUUAUUCCACAUGUAGUUCAUGGUAAAUGUACACAUACAUGUGGCUCCUGCAAUUAA